GUUGUUUUGAAACUGACCACAAACAACAAACAAACAUCCACACACCUUCUCUCCUCCCUCUUCCUUGCGCCCCCCCCCACCACCACCUCCUCCUUUCCUCCCUCCCUCUUGCUUCACCGUCGUGUCUGGGCCCAGCCAUGGCAUCAAGCACGCGGAUGGUUAAAGUCAUCCUGCUUGGGGAUGGCAGCGUUGGGAAGUCGUCGCUCAUGCAGCAGUUUGUGCGCAACGAAUUCAACUCGGAGUCCUUCCACACCAUUGGCGUGGAGGUGCUGAACAAGGACGUGCGCGUCGGCAGCGAAGCCAUCACCAUGCAGAUCUGGGACACAGCCGGGCAGGAGCGCUUCCGCUCCUUGCGCACCCCGUUCUAUCGCGGCGCAGACUGCUGCAUGCUCACCUUCGACCUCACAGACCCAAACUCCUUCAACAACAUCAACAUGUGGCGGGACGAGUUCCUCAAGCACGCCAGCGUGGACGACGUCGCCGCAUUCCCGUUUCUGCUCCUCGGAAACAAGGCCGACCUCGCAGAGCAGCGGCAGGUCACCGCAGAGGCUGCGCGGGCAUGGUGCAGGGAAAACGGCAACGUGCCAUACUAUGAGACGAGCGCAAAGACUGGUAGCAACGUGGAGGACGCAUUCCAACAAGCAGCGCGGAUGCUGUUGCAACACGGCACCCAAGCCGCCCCAGACUUUGAUGACACCGUCGACCUCAAGAAGCAAAGAAGGGAAUCGUCGUCGUGCUGUUAAAUGUGUUCAUGCGUGUACACGUGUUUGUGUACUUGUGUAUUUGUCCUGUUGACCUCAACUUUUUGUGUCACUUCUAUAUGUUUGCGGUGCGUGCGUUGCACUCUCUUUUUGUACAAACCCCCCAACAAGACAGACGCAUCUGUUUUGCGCUUCCUCAGCUAGCCUUUGUGUUGCUUCAGUUGUCGUUGUGAUGUGUUGUGUUGUGUGUUGGUGUUGUGAUGUGUUGGUGUUGUGAUGUGUGCGUGUUGUGUGCGUGUUGUCACGUGGUGUGUGUUGGUGUUGUGUUGUGGUAAUGUGUUGUGUGCGUGUUGUAACGUGGUGUGUGUUUGUGUUGUGUUGUGUCGUAGGUUCGAUGGAUAGUGGUGACAGGUCAUGUUGUUCGUGCGGGCAGUCUUGCUUGCUUGUUUGCUCGUUUGUGCCCUUCCAUUAUCACUCAAACGAUGAGCCCGCAGUAAACAACCCAACACCAGCGACUGGAGAGGAAGGGCGGGACGAAGAACGAGCGCAAGGAACGAUGGG